CCCAGCCAGGCCUUUGUAUCGGCAGCUCCUGUGAAAAGAAAACAAAACAUGCGGAAAGUCUUGUUCUCGGGGCAGGAUGUCGUUCCCUACAUCUCGCACGCCACAAGCCCUCCAAGAACUCUUUCACUGCCUCAGUCACUCGUCCACUCGUCUCUCCACUGAGCCCCAGCAGCAGCACCGGCUCAGGCCCAAAGAAGAAGAAGAAGAGUAGAUUCAACGGAGCUGCCUGCGUAGCGACAUAAGCAUCACUUUUUCUCGUGUUUACCUUCAAACUACAAUGAAGAGAAGUUCCACAGCCUUUAAGAAGAAGGUGAAGGGCACAUGGACGGCCAGGGAAAGUAAGAGAAGCCUUCACAUGACGAAAGUGCCUCCACCACCGCUUCCACCACCACCACCACCACCAAGUCACCACACUAAGUUAAUCUUCUCCGUGGCCUCAGGAAGUGGUGGCAGCGUCAGCCUGAGACGAUUAGUACUGCAGCACGCGUACGUCCGGCUUCCCAAACCUCCGAGGGAGCUGCUCGUGCAACACACUGAGACUCGUCUGGAGCCCAGGAAGAAGCUUGGGUCUGAGAACGAGUCGCUGAUGGAAGUGGCGGCGCUGUCAGCCAGUCCAGCUGGCCACCUCUCCGGGCCCAUAGUCGUGGGGGGCAUCUUGGCGGAAGGGACUGUAAGGGUUCAUGGAGCUCCUGGCUCAAAUUACAAGCAAAAGUACUUGAAGGGCGGGAACUUGAGGCUGCUGAGUACCCCCUUGGCCGAGGGAGGGCACCAGGCCUUCCUCACACUUGGCUUUACUCAGGUCAACCGCAAGAGUCUGGACUUCCAGAUCAAGUCUGGGUCCAGCCUGCAGCACCUCCACGGGGUAGUGAGCCAGCUAAAGGCCCACCUGGAGCAGUCUGGCAGCCUCAGCGCCCUGCUGGCCCUCGUGGAGUGAUUGUUUUGCUGUUUGGGUGACUUAGGAGGCUGGACAAGGAAAAGGGAAGGCAUGGUUAGGGUAGUGAUUGUCCUGCUGUUUGGGUGACUUAGGAGGCUGGACAAGGAAAAGGGAAGGCAUGGUUAGGGUAGUGAUUGUCCUGCUGUUUGGGUGACUUAGGAGGCUGGACAAGGAAAAGGGAAGGCAUGGUUAGGGUAGUGAUUGUCCUGCUGUUUGGGUGACUUAGGAGGCUGGACAAGGGAAAAGAAUGCAAUCAAAUGGUCACAACUUUUUAACCCUUUAAAUUGGGCACAGG